AUGCAGACUGCUUCUACAACCAUUUGUGAAAGAAUGGGUCGCUCUCAGGAGCUCAGUGACUCCAAGCAUGGUCCAGUGAUAGGUGGUCACCUGUGCAAUAGGUCCAUCCGUGACAUUUCCUGGCUACUAAAUAUUCCACGCUCAACUGUUAGUGGGAUUAUAACAAAGUGGAAGCAACUGGGAGCAACAGUAACUCAGCCACCAAGUGGUAGGCCACAUAAAAUCAGUGCAUGCUGAAGCGCACAGUGUGUAGAAGUUGCCAACUGUCUGCAGUCACGUUGGAUGCAGUGAAGGGAACUCUUAAGGCAUCAGCAUACCAAGACAUUUUGGACAAUUUCAUG